AUGUUUAUCAGCUCAAAGUCACCUUGGUCGUUUCAUGUCACAGAGAACGAGUGUACAUAAUACUCCUCUGCCGCCUGAGUAAAUCAUUUACUGUUUUAUUUUACGUUAGUUGACACAUAAACAGCGCGAUGAGAAUUUUAUGCAUUUUGGGACUUGCAACGACUGUUUUUGUUGUUACUGAGCCUGUUUCAAGCAAAGUACUCGAAAAUGUGAAGAUCCCAGAGAUCAGACAGCCAGAAACCGGAGAAGAAAAUAUUCAGUCCGCCGGUCAGACCAAGAAUGUAAAAAGAUCGUCAAAAUCGUUAGUGGAUGGAAUUGUAUUCGACGGCGAUCAAGAGGGGAGGAUAGUGAAGCGAGGAACAAGGGACGGAGAGACGGGGAGAGGGCGACCACGACGACCACGGCCAACAAGGCCAAGUCGCCCCACACCGUCUACACCCUCCUAUGAAACAAUCGAGAGCGGCCAGAUAAUCAGACUUCGAGGAGGGACCACGUCACUGGCGGGUCGCGUGGAGGUAUUUCUAGGAAGCAGAUGGGGUACUGUAUGUGACGAUGCCUGGAACGUGGAGGAUGCUCAUGUUGUAUGUAGACAACUGGGCUAUGACAGAGGAGCAGAAGAAGCAACAGUUGGUGGAGUGUUUGGACAAGGACAGGGUGAAAUAUUGAUGGACAAUGUCCAGUGUUUCGGCUUUGAGUCCAGUCUUCAGAGCUGUUCGCAUAUCCCGGCAGCGGGACAUGACUGUAGCGUCAGUGAGACUGCAGGGGUCAUAUGUCUGCCCAAUGAAGGCUGUGAAGAUGGCUGGUUCGGAGCAAAUGGCGUGUGUUACAAAUUUGUUGAAAAUCCUACAAACUUCAGACAGGCCACGAAAAUGUGUAUUAGCUUCCAGGCGCGCCUUGCAAUCAUAGAAUCACAAAAGGAAAACGACUUUUUAUCGGAGUGGUUGAAAACAAAUACAGUUAUGGGACCAUGGUUUAUUGGCGGGAAGAGGAAAGGAGGAAUAAGAAAUGCAAAAUGGAACUGGGUGAGAUCGUAUCGCCCUGACAUGAAGUUCAGCAAAUGGUUGCCAGGAGCUGGCCUUGCAAGGAAUAAAAAAUGUCUGGUGAUGCAAGACAGGGUCGCUGGUGAGAACGGGGUGGAAUAUGAACUGGACUAUUUCUACUGGGAUUCAGCAAGCUGUAACAAGCCUCUGCCGUUUAUCUGCCAAAAGGUGGCAGUGUCAUCAGACUGCUAUGAAGGCAAUGGUGAAAAUUACCGUGGACGCGUCUCUCGAACAGAAGAUGGGACGCUUUGUGAAAACUGGAGCAACGCUACAGAUAUCAAUCCUACAACACACCCUUUUGCGGGUCUUGGUGAUCACAACUUUUGCCGUAAUCCUGACUCUGACCAGCGUCCGUGGUGCUACGUCAGUGUGGAGAAACGUAAAUAUCUGUAUUGUGCGGUGCAGCCGUGUUCUUCCUCUGCCUAGAUACCAGGUGCAUAGCGGAAACGAAGGUUUUCGCAAGAUGGGCGAUGCCAUUAAGAAUAUGUCGCUAUUUAGGGAAAAGACAACUUUGUAUUGAUGCCAGUUUUAGAAGAGAUUUUGCUACGACGCAAGAAAUCUUUUCAUUAUGUAAAUUGUGUCUCUUGUACGCCUA